AUGUCGUUCUUUUCACGCUGAGGCCAAGCAGACCCAUUCAUGUCUGGGACCCGAUCAUUCAGUCCUUGAACACCGUAUCCAAGAGAAACAAGCCAGCGGCUUAACAUUACCGGAUCCGACGUGUGCAGGCGUGACUUAAUUCUCUAUGACGAUGCCACCUCCCAUGGGCGGGGCUCAUCGAGCCGGACCUUUGAAGCAGUCCAAUAAAUCCCACAAAACGGGACAGCAUCGCUCCAAAGGGGCGGUCGAUCUAGCCAACAAGGGGCGGGUGGGCGUCAAAGUAGCCACAGGACGGUCCGGUCAAGGCCACCGAUGGGUUCAAAAGCGGAAAGACCGGAAGUAUCAGAUGACGCAAUUGCGCAACAAAAAGAAGGCCCAAGUGUGGGCUCAAAAACGUGCCUUGGGCGCGGCCGACGCCCCGCCCAUUUUGACGGCUUGGCUGGACUGUCAGGUCCAAUCGCCGGAUUUGAUUCCGCACCUGGAAGCCUUGUUGGGCGCGUGCGACCCGGAUAUGUUGCUUCGUCGCACGCCCCGGGCCUUACAUUUAGCCUGUCCGCGCUUUAAGCAACGUUUCGCCUUUGUUCAACCCCCUACCCAGGAUCUCCUCAGCGUGCUGGAUUCGGCCAAGGUCUGCGAUUCCAUCGUGUUUUUAUGCUCGGCCCUCGAGCUGGAAUCCGGCGGGUUGGCUCCGGCCUUGGAGACGAUUUUGGCCGCUGUUUUAGCCCAAGGCUUGCCCACCCCGCCCGGCUUUGUCUUGACCGACAUGGCCGAUUGGCCCAUCAAGCGCCAAAACGCAGCCAAGAAGACCCUGCUCAAGGCGUUGAAUCAACGCUUCGCUAUUGACAAGAUCUUCACAUGUCAGACCGAAGCCGAGGCUCUCUUGUUUCUGCGGCAUUUGGGCUCGCAGAAGCGGCGCACCAAUAGCCUGCGCCAAAGACGCGCCCAUUUGGUAGCCGAAAAAGUCGAAUUUCUGGGUGAGAGCGCCCUGGGCACGCUCAAGGUCACCGGUUUCGUCCGAAGUCAGACCUUGUCGGCCGAUCGUUUAGUCCAUCUUCCUGGCCUGGGCUCGUACCAGAUUCAACAGAUUGAAUCGGCACGAGAUGAGUUUCCCUUGGACUUGCAUCGCCGAACCGGUGCCCACCACGCCGACAUUGAUAUGGGAUCCAGUGUGGGCAACGUGAUUGCCACGCCCAAUCCGACCGCCCAAGAAUCGCUCGAGAUGGAAAAUGAGCCCGACAUGUUUGAUGGCGAACAAUAUCUCUCACCCGAAGAGGAGGCUUUGGCCCAACAGACCUUGUUAACCGAUGGACCCGGCCCUAAGACCGUGGUCCGUGUGCCGAAAGGCACCUCUGAAUAUCAAGCAGCUUGGAUCAUGGAUCAAGCUCGUGCGGCGGGUGAGGAGAAUGAGUCCGAGGAGGAUGACGAAGAGGAGGAUUCGGAUGAAGAGAUGAUUGAGCGCGAACUGCAAGACGACGAUGAGGAUGAACCGGAAAACGAAGACGAAUACGAGACCAUGACCAUCACCUCCGAGGCCAAUAUGGACGAAAACUACGAUGAGAAGCACGUCAACUUUGCCGAGGAGAAGCAACUUUUAAACAAGAUGAAAGAAGCUCGAAUGGAAGAAAUGUUCCCCGAUGAAGUGGACACGCCUACAGACCAGACGGCUCGCCAGCGUUUCCAGAAAUACCGAGGCCUCAAGAGUUUCCGCACCUCACCCUGGGACUACAACGAAAAUCUUACUCCAGACUAUGCCCGCAUCUUCCAAUUUGAGAAUUUCAACCGCACGAAAAAACGCGUGCUCAAUGAAGAAGUGGACGGCGCCGAGCCCGGCUGGUAUGUGUCGAUCUACAUCAAGGAUUUCCCUCAACACAUGGCCUUAGAAAUCCUAGCCAACGAAAACGCCUCUCAACCCCUCGUGGUUUACAGCAUGCUUCCACAUGAGAACAAGAUGUCCGUGUUGAACUUCGUGGUCAAACGACACUCCCUGGGUCACCAAGAUCCGAUCCGCUCCAAGGAACGCCUGAUCUUUCAUUGUGGUUUCCGCCGUUUUGCCGCCUGUCCAAUCUUCAGUCAACACACCAACGGGAGUAAACACAAAUACGAACGGUUUUGGCGGGAAAACGCCACUGUCGUCAUGACAGUUUUCGCACCAAUCGUUUUCCCGCCCGCCAAUGUGGUGGUGUAUCAAGAGCUGGCCAAUGGCCGUCAUGAUUUAGUUGGAACCGGUUCGUUGCUCUCAUGUGAUCCUAAUCGACUGGUUAUUAAGCGAGCUGUUUUGUCGGGCGCGCCAUUCAAAGUGCAGAAAAGGAGCGCCGUGAUUAGGUUCAUGUUCUUCAAUCGCGAGGACAUCGCAUGGUUCAAGCCCAUUGAGUUGAGGACCAAAUAUGGACGACGGGGUCAUAUCAAGGAACCCCUGGGCACGCAUGGGCAUAUGAAAUGCAUCUUCGAUAAGCCUAUUAGCCAACAAGACACGGUCUUGCUCAACCUGUUUAAGCGAGUUUUUCCGAAGUGGAACUAUGAUCCACAUGUAGCGAAACCUUCCACGGGCGAGGACCUGAUGGAGGAUGAAGGCUCCGAGGUGCUUCAGUUAAAGAAAAACCCGCCCAAGAGCAUUGUUAAAUCCAAGUCGACGGAAGAUCAAAUGGCGUGCGAUUGAACGAAAAUAAAAUACUUCAAUAUUGCUCUUUUUUUUUAA